ACAACGCUAGGUUUUCGACAGAUUUUUAAGCGGGUGGGGUAAAAAUAUCACUUAAUUGUUGUGUGAAUUUGCCAGGAAGUUGAUACUACAAAGUCACAUAGUUAAAAAAGAAAUUUGAUCGAUGAUAUAACAUCGAAUCUAUGUUUCAAGAGAACGUUUGAAAAACAGGAUAUCUAUUCUUCUAUCCGAAACAUAAGCACAUACUAUUCCAAAUGCAACGGAGAUGACGGAAGAAUUAUCCGAAACGCUAUCACAGGUGACGUUAGAAGCGGAAGCCGUGGUCCACGACGUUUCCAUAGAGUUGGAAGCACAAGGCGACGCUGCCGUGGCCAAAUUCCGAGAUGACGUCACAUCAGAAGCCGAAUGCGUACUAAAUGACGUCACAGCUGAGUUGGCUGAACAGGGAGACGCCGUAAUAAAGCGAACAGACGGUAAACUAGCAGAGAGCGGACAGGCGGCCGUGUUGGCGUUUGAGCGGCAGGCAUCGCGUUACGAGACGGCCGCCCUGGACAGUAUCGCCUCCGCCGCCUCAAAGGAGCGCGACUACUUGCGAUUUGUCAGUCGGGAACCCUCCAUCAUUAGUCAUACAGAAUUCCAGCGGCAGCUAAUCCAACAUUACGAGAAGCGACACUGCUCUCUGGGGUUGUCUCCCCUGCUUUCUGAUUCCGACGAGGACCUAGAGACGUUCUACGUGCCACCAAAGAUAGAAGUUGUAAGAGAACGAACACGACUGAGAAUGAAUAAAAAUCAAAGCACUGUGAGUGCGCAGCGGCAAGUGCAGUGUUUCCGCGAUAUUUUCUACCUUGGAAAUGAACGGUUAUGUGAUAUUUACCUGCAGGGUGAGUCAGGUAUUGGGAAAUCUGUCUUUUGUACGAAAAUCAUUCAGGAAUGGUGUAAAGCUAAUAAAACUUCAAACAGUGAUGACCCUACCACAAUAAGGAAUUCGACAAACCAGCAGUUUUGUGAUGUUCGAGUCUUUAGUGAGUUCAAAUAUUUGUUCUUUAUUUCUCUUCGAGAUUCGAGCGAGGUAGAAUGUGAUAUUGACGCAAUGAUUGUUAAUCAGGUGAUCAAAUUUUUGCCGAAGGACUACAAUAUUGAGUUUUUGCAGAGAGUUCUAGCCGAGGAGAUUUGUCUUGUGUUGUUAGAUGGACUGGACGAAUGGUCGCACCCGGAGCAGUCCUUGCAUAAAUGUUCAUGUGGUCGUCAAAUAUCUUUACCAUUCAGGCGAACACGAGAGAACUGCACAAUAUUGAGCACAACGCGACCAUGGGUAAUUCAAACCAAAAAGAUUAAAAACUCAGAAAUUGACGUGCUACUUCAAUUAUGUGGUGUUUCGCACACCGACAUGUUUGUUGAGAAGGCGCUUUCGUUUUUCAAUGAAACCCAUGAUGAACAAAAAAGUGCUGACGAUUUUCAUGCCGUGAUUAAGUCUUAUGCCCUGGAGCAUUUGGUAAUGUUCCCCACGAUGUGCAUUCAGUUACUGUGCUGCUGGUACGCCGAUCUCCUCGUAGACCGAUCUCAGACACAGAUAUACAGCUCAAUGGUGGACAUGAUGUUUGGGCGGGCUAAAGAAAAGAAACAUGAUCACAGUUUUGACUCGUCGGGUGCAUUGUUCGAACCGUCUAUGUAUGUAGACUUUGAUAUGCCAGAGCUGUUCUCAAAUGCGAUGAAUAUUCUUGACAACAGGGGUUUAUUCCUGUCUUUCGGGAACCUCGCGUACAACACACUUGUGGACUGGCAGGGUGGCUCUUCCGGUGUGUUUGACGGGCGCUCCGUCUGGGACUAUCUCACGGGCAUCGAGUGGUCGGCAGCUCUCGAGAUCGGUAUCCUGACCCAGCGGCCUUCCCAGAGUUUCCUCACAGAGCGGCGGACCACCUACUCAUUCCUGCAUCGGUCCAUACAGGAAUUCAUGGCGGCCGCCUACAUCGCCAUUUGCUGCGAGAGCCACGAGGAAUGCUUGCAGUGUCUAGACAGCGUGUGCGCAGAGAUGGAUGCGCUGGCAGACACACGGCAGCGCAUGAAAGACUUUAUCGCUGACAUGGUGAUUACAAAAUGAUCCUGAGUUUCGUUUUAGGUCGCCUAACUCGCCUUUGAUUCGUUGUCUUUGGCAAAGGCAGGGAUGUUGUCCGCGUCUAAAGAGGUUCAUUGGUUAUCAAUAUACACAUGACCACACUGAUAAACCGCAUUAUAACGCAAAUGGGUAAAAAGUCCCAAAACUGAAAUAUGUGUCGAGUUAUGCCAAAUGAACGACUCAAAAAACUGGAGGAGCGUUAGCACUCACUUUCGACGAUCUUGUUUGCCUCGUGCAUACUCGUGCUCACUGCCUUCGCAUUAUGGAAGUAUUAGAUCAACCCAGGCAUUUCAUUUUGCAACACAUUGAGAAUAAUACAGCAUAUUUUUAACCAGGUUUUCAACGAAAACCGGGUUAUUAGAAUGAGGUUG